GCAACCAGCUGUAUGGUUUCUCAAACUGUUUACUAGCUGGUUGAUCUACAGCAGCUUUCUCUAAAUUCAGAUUGUAGAGCCUGUGGGUGAAGAACAUGCACUUUGCAGAGAACAAUGUCUUUCCUCCUCAAGCGUGGAAGCAGGACCCUCAGGGAGUGCAAAUAAUUCAACAGCAGAUUCCACAACAGCCGACAACUAUAUUCCAGAAUCUCUCCGGACUGCAGCAUCUUCAAACUCCACCAAUCAGGAACGGGCAUGUGAAGGAAGACCUGGUGGAGCUGAUGAUGAUACAGAAUGCCCAGAUGCACCAAGUGAUCAUGAAUAACAUCACCAUGGCAGCACUCACGAGCUUUGGUUACAGUGCGCAGCCACAGCCUGCCGUUCAGAACCCAGUGUCAAUCAGAAUGGAAGAGGACGGGCCCGACACUGUUUAUCACCAUCACUAUGAGCCUUGGCCAUACCCUGCAUACCCCUCUUGGCCUACACUGCCAUCCCAGGCCCAGGUCCAGAACCAACCUCAGACACAUCACAUGAUGAGACUACUGCAAGAGAAUCUGAGGCCAACGGUACGGCAUGUCAGUGGAGAUGCACCUCCGGGUCCCCGGAGAGAGAUGAUAUCUGUGCCACCACCCCCACCGCCAAGCGCCACAGGGACAGUUGGGGCUGAUGUGCGUCCAGCUUCAGAGUAUUACGAUGUGGCUGAUGGCCAACUGUGAAGAGUCCCAUCUGUUCGGUGGAGAUCCUUCCUCAAACCACACUUCUGGCUCCUUGACUGCCGAGACCUCACAGCCUGAACACCCGCAGCUAAUGAAAUGAGACUCUGUAAUCAUUGCAAUAAAUCCGCACAUGGCUGGA